AGGUACAGUUUUAGAAAAAAAAAAAAAAAGAAAAAAGGAGUUGUUUGAGGGCCGGAGGGUCAAGGUCGGGACAGGACAGACAGGAGCGAAGAAAGAUAACACAGCCAACCUUCACCUUUAACCUUAACCAGACAAGAAAAAUGGUACUGCAGUGUUACCCAUCUCAUGCUCGUAGCUUGUUCGUAACCAAGAACCAUAAGAGAAAAUACAAUCUUAUCCAAUGUCCAAGGAAACCUCCUAAAUUUACUUGCCAUGUCCAUAUUGGGCUAGACGAUAUCGCUCAAGUCGGCCAUAACAAGGUAUUGGUAGCCGCUGCUGUAUCGGCAGCAAUCGGGCAGCUUUCAAAACCAUUCACUUCUGUCAUUCUUUAUGGCAAAGAUUUCGAUUUCAAGACCGCUUUUCAGGCUGGAGGCUUCCCUUCUACCCAUUCCUCCUCUGUGGUGGCUACUGCAACUUCUCUUGCUCUUGACAGGGGUUUCUCUGAUUCGAUUUUCGGGCUUACCCUGGUCUAUGCUGGCCUUGUCAUGUAUGAUGCUCAGGGGGUGAGAAGAGAAGUGGGGAAUCAUGCAAAAGCGCUAAAUAUAUUGUUACCCAAGAGACAGGUUAACUCAGUUGUGUCCAAGGAUAGAGAUAAUCUGAUUGAUUGUGGAGAAGAAAGUUCAGGCGUAAAUAUUGAGAGGCUUGGUCCUCUGUUAUCCAAGACUUCAAAAUCUGUGAACGCUCCCAUGUUAGUUACAAGGGACAAAGAAAUAAGGCAACCAAACGAGGCAGUGGCAUGUUUUGAGUUAGAAGAAGAUGAAUAUGAAGGUUCAGCCAAAGCCAAUAAUCCAAUCCCAUUAAAAGAAUCGAUCGGACACACAGAGGUUGAAGUUGCAGCGGGGGCAUUAUUGGGUUUUCUUGUAAGCCUGGCGCUGUAUUCGGUAAUGUGAUGUUUUGUUAUGUAUUGCACUUUUUUUUUUUUUUUUUUUAAUUCUUUUCACAAGUAAAUUGCCAAAUUGACGGUUGGCAAUUUGACGAAACCAUACAAAAUAUAAGAGAAAUUCGUGGGGACAGAAAUUAGGGUGAUGGAAGGAAAACAAUUAAGCAUUGAAUAUUACCAUGACAGGACACAUAUUUGUGGGAAUUGGUUAUUUUGACAGUCAUACUUGCUAAGCAUCUACAAUGUACAUAUAGUGUGAAUGAUAUGCCGACAACAUAUAUGUACGUUUGACUUUGUUUAAAAUUCAAUUAGUUGUGAGAAGUAGAACGUUAUUGUUCGUAUGGAGGAAUU